CGUGAGAGAAAGAGAGAAAGAGAGGAGGAGCUUCGACUUUGGAGGACUCCCGGAGUCCAACUGUUUAGACCACUAGCACUCAGGCGUAUUGUAGUUACCGACAGAGCUCUGGGAUUGUACGGAAAUAAAUGAUUAGCAGGGCCUUUGUGACACGGAAACUGCAGAAUCAGAUUCUACUGACGUUUGUACAAGACUAAUCCCCACCUCAGCCUGUGCUCCCCUGAUAUUAGAGAGAUGGCCACAGCCAAGAGGGCCCCCAAAGUGAAGUCCAGCGGGGUGCGUUUCUCUGAAGAAGCAGCUUCCUCCAGCCACGUUCACUUUGAUGACAAGCUGCACGACUCGGUUGUCAUGGUGAUGCCAGUGCCUGACGGGAGCUUCCUAGUGAAGGUCGGCUUCUUGUUGCACAAGCCUUGUACCUGCCUCCCUGUUUCCCUGAAGCAGGACAGGUGUAGUGAAUGUGUGUCGUUGCUUCCGACAGGCGGCCACAGAAUCACGUGCGAGUACAUGGCCCACCAGGAAGGGGUCAUGAAAGAAGAGGUGUUCCUGACAAGUGAAACCAGUGAGAAUGCUUGCGUGAAAGUCACGGUGCAAGCAAGGGUCAUGGACCGUCACCAUGGCACGCCCAUGCUGUUGGAAGGAGUGCGGUGCAUUGGUGCUGAACUGGAGUACGACUCUGAACAAAGCGACUGGCAGGGAUUCGACUAGAAUUCAACUGAAACCACAAAGAGGACGCUGAGACAAAAACUAAAACAUGCUUUUAUUUAUUUUUUUAUCUCCAAAGAGAUGUGUGCGUAUGGGUUUUUUUUUGUUUUUUUUUUUAAGGUUGUUCAUUUCUUUAUUCAAAACACGUGAAUGUUCUUUGUGUGUGUAUAUAUAAACCUGGAAGACAAUCCUUUAGGAUUGGAACUCCACCUCAGAACUGUCUGUGUCAGUGUUAAAACAUUCAGCUGUGCAACUUUCAAACUUAAACAACAGUAUCAGUCUGCCUGGCUAUUUCUGUCAUGCUAUUGUAACAUUGUAGCUAAUAAUUAAAAUAGGGAGUUUAUCAAUUCCUUUAUUUAUAUGUUAGGGCUGUCAAGCUAUUAAAAAAAAAAUGUGAAUAAUGUUAAGAUGAAAAAAAUAAUC